CUCAGUCGGAGGAAAUUGCCUUUGCAUACGCCCGGCGCGGGGGAGCCUCCAGGGUCUCUUUCCACCCUCUCAGUUAGUCCUGGCAGGACUUUACUGGAACGUCACUUGGAGACAGUGUCAUGGACGUUCUACGCCCACAGCUUGUGACAUUCGAUGGACGGAAUUAUAGAAAGAAUCCCAUCCAGGAGAAACAAUACCAGCAUGAAGAAGAUGAGGGUGUCUAUCAAGACUCCAUGGAAUACUCUGAUGAGCCCUGCGGCGCCUAUGAGGUGGCGCAGACCCCUCACGGCUUCCGGGCCACUGUCAGUGCCCCCAGCCUGCUCUACAAGCACAUAGUUGGGAAGAGAGGGGAUACCAAGAAGAAAAUAGAAGUGGAGACUAAAACGUCUAUUAACAUUCCUAAGCCCGGACAUGAAGGACAAAUCGUGAUCACUGGUCAGCAUCGAAAUGGUGUAGUUUCAGCGCGGACGCGGAUCGAUGUUCUCCUGGACACAUUCAGGAGGAGGCAGCCUUUCACUCACUUCCUUUCCUUCUUCCUCAAUGAAGUUGAAGUUCAGGAGCGAUUUCUGCAGUUCCAGGAGGAAGUGCUGAAGAAGUGCUCCAAGGAUCGUGGGGUUGAUAGUACCAUUUUUCAGAAUCCCAAAAAGCUUCACCUAACUAUUGGGAUGUUGGUACUUCUAAGUGAACAGGAGAUCCAGCAGACGUGUGAGAUCCUGCAGCGUUGUAAAGAAGAAUUCAUUAAUGACAUUUCUGGAGGCAAACCCCUGGAAGUAGAGAUGGCAGGAAUCGAAUACAUGAAUGACGAUCCUGCUAUGGUGGAUGUUCUUUAUGCCAAAGUCCACAUGAAGGAUGGCUCCAACAGGCUGCAGGAACUGGUUGAUCGCAUGCUGGAGCGAUUUCAGUCCCUGGGACUCAUUGUGAAGGAGUGGACCAGUGUGAAACUGCACGCCACGGUCAUGAACACACUGCUCAGGAAAGACCCCAAUGCUGAAGGCAGGUACAAUCUCUACACAGCAGAUGGCAAAUAUAUCUUCAAGGAAAGAGAAUCCUUUGAUGGCCGGAACAUUUUAAAGACAUUUGAGAACUUCUACUUUGGUUCCCUGAAGCUCAAUUCUAUUCACAUCUCCCAGAGGUUCACGGUGGACAGCUUCGGGAACUAUGCCUCCUGCGGACAUGUUGAUUUCUCCUGACGUGGGAGAGCAGCGGGGAACCGUGACCGACUGAGACCAUCGGGAGCCCAGCAGCCUGGCAGCAUGGUGGCAGCAGGCCCUUCGGCCUCCAGUUGACUGGCAGAGGAGGGCACUCCAGCCAGUGCUCCUCCCUCCUGGUUCUCAUCCUCCUCCUCAUCCUUGGCUUCUGUUCUUCAUUCCUCACCUUCCACCCCUCCUUUCUGUGAGUCUGCUCCUCGGCUCUGUGGUGUGAUCACGGGGCUGUGGAGAGUUGCUUCUCUGUGAGAUGGCAUAGACCGUCUGCAAAUAAAUGAGCUUCUCAGGUG